AUGGGCAGCCGGAGCCCCAGCCGGAACGCCAGCCCCGGCCCCGGCCCCCUCCUCCUCCUCGCCGCCGCCGCCGCCGCCGCGCUCCUCCCCACAGGUGAUGGCCAGAACUUGUUUACAGAAGACGUGACGGUCGUGGAGGGCGACGUCGCCACCAUCAGCUGCAGAGUCAAAAACAGCGAUGAUUCGGUGAUUCAGCUAUUGAAUCCUAACAGACAGACCAUUUAUUUCAGAGACUUCAGACCUUUGAAGGACAGCAGGUUUCAAUUGGUGAAUUUCUCUAACAGCGAGCUGCGAGUGUCACUGACAAAUGUCUCUAUUUCGGACGAAGGAAGAUACUUCUGUCAACUCUACACAGAUCCCCCCCAGGAAAUUUUCAUGACGAUUACGGUGCUUGUCCCACCACGUAACUUGGUGCUCGACAUCCAGAAGGACACGGUGGUGGAAGGCGAAGAGAUUGAGCUGAACUGUACCGCCAUGGCCAGCAGACCAGCCACGACGAUCAAGUGGUACAAAGGCAGCAAGGAGCUAACCGGGAAGUCAGAAGUGGAGCAGUGGUCAGACAUGUACACGGUGACCAGCCAGAUCUCCUUGACGGUCAGGCGGGAGGACGAUGGGGUCCCCGUCGUCUGUGAGGUGGACCAUCCUGCCGUCAAAGACCUGCAGACCAAACACUACCUAGAUGUAAUGUAUAAGCCUCAGAUCCGAGUGUCACAGAUUUUACCAGCAUCUGGGCCAACAAGGGAAGGAGAUCUACUUGACCUUCUGUGCCAAGUUGAAGGGAAACCAGAGCCGACAGACACGACCUGGUUCAGAGUGGACGACGAGAUGCCUGCGCACGUUAUAGUGUCGGGCUCCAACCUUCACAUUAGCAGCCUCAACAAAAGCGACAACGGCACCUACCGCUGCGAGGCCUCCAACGAAGUGGGGAAGUCCUUUGUCGAUUACCUGCUUUAUGUUUAUGACACAACGGCGACGACAGAACCGGCAGUUCACGGCUUUACUCAGUUUCCCAAUUCUGCCGAGGAGCUGGACUCUGGGGACCUCUCAGAUUCUCGAGCAGGGGAGGAGAGCGCAAUCACAGCUGUGGACCACGCCGUGAUCGGGGGCGUCGUGGCCGUGGUGGUCUUUGCGAUGCUCUGUCUCCUUAUCAUUUUGGGACGCUACUUUGCAAGACACAAAGGCACGUACUUCACUCACGAAGCCAAAGGAGCUGACGAUGCGGCCGACGCCGACACAGCUAUCAUCAAUGCCGAGGGAGGCCAGAACAACUCGGAAGAGAAGAAGGAAUACUUCAUCUAGAUCCGCCUUGGUUUCCAUGAGGUGUCCACCUGCGGACAGUCACUGGGCCCCGCGCGUAGAAGAUCAAGACAGUGAUGUUGGAAGUUGCUACCAGCUUACGGCAUUUUGCUUUGUCUCUGUCUUUUUCUUUUUCUCUUUCUUUUCCCUUCCAGUGCUGUUUUCUUUUAUUUUUAAAUGGACGGAUGAGUGGAUGGAUGGAUGGAGCAGUGUGUGGGAUUGUGUGCGAGUCCGGGAUUUCCUACGUGAAAGUGUUCUUUGUAAAGUACACUCUGCUAUUCGACACCUCAAUUGAUUUGGGUUUUUUUUUUUAAAUUCUCUGGCCAAGUCCAACUUAGAUUUAGUUUCUUUCCAUCAUUUGCAGAAAAUUCUGUGCCUUGUUUUAUUUCUUGUUUCAUGGGGAGGGGGGGGGGGAGCAGGGGGUCCUCUUGAUAUAUUUUUUUCUUCUUCCUAGCCUCUCUUGGAAUUGCCUGCUGGGAUUCCUUGCAAAAAGGAUUUUUUUUUCUUUUCCCUUCAUUUUUUUUAAAGGAAAAAAAACAAACUCCUGGGUUGUUUUUAUGUUGUUGUUGCUGUUUGAAAUUGUUGUCAUCAAAGGAGAACCAGCACACCUUAGAUUUCAUCGUUUGGAAUUCAAUGUGUUCAUCAUCCAUUCGACUCCCGCGUCAUGAAAGCUUGGACAAACAGACUUUUUUUUAAGGAGAGUGGUUUGCGGCUGCCCACGUGUCCAGCACAGCGAAAAUGAGAACAUAGGCUGAAAAGUCGAACGCAUGCUCUGCUUCCAACCAAGCGAUGCAGCCAUGCCAGGUUAUCUGCAAGCAAAGUGCACCCCAAGGAAAUGGAGCUUGUCUGAUUUUGUGUCUGUAAACUCUGGUUAUGCGUUGCCCCCCCCCCUCCCUCUCUGGACAGGAGCUGGUCUGGACGGGAUCUUCCUGAACUUGGUCCUAAAAAGCCCUGACAGAUGAGGGCUGUUUCUUUCAUGUGAGCUGGCAAAUUUGAAUCCUCACCGGAGGGGGUGGGGAGGGACGCUGAAGUUCUGCUCUAAUUAUUUCUGUUCCAAACGAUCCCCGUCAAUGGCUCCCAGUUGGCCUUGCAUCUCUGUGAUUUCCUGGAGACAGGGA